AUGAGUGAGACUGAAUCCUUGUUGAUCAAGUCCUUGUCAUCUUCCGAGGUUCGCGCUGCGAAGACCAAGAAUGAAGUGGAAAGGAGCCACGAGUGGCACUACGAUUACAGUUCUGUGGUCGGAUUCUUUAGUCAAGAUCUCGUAAGGCCAGUUUCGGGCAGACUCGAAGCCACGGAAGAGGAUUUCGACCUAAUAGACCAAAAAUAUGACACCGACAACUUGUUGCCGGAUAACGGCAAACUUCUUAGUCAAUGGGAACGAUUCGCCUAUAAAGUGAAAGUCAUGAACGAGAGAGCUCCGAAAGGGGUGACAUAUCGACUCCUCUACCUCGGAAGACACGGCCAAGGGUAUCACAAUGUUGGCAUAAUGUUUUAUGGCGAUGCUGCGUGGGAUUGCUACUAUGGUGCCUUCGACCGGGAUCCUAACGUCCCAAGCAUAUCUUAUCUCGAUGCUCACCUAACCCCUCUCGGCAAACACCAAGCCAUAGCCGCCUCGAUGUUCUGGCAGAACUUGAUCUCGACCCAGAAGAUGCCCUUGCCUCAGACCUACUACAGCAGUCCACUUACCCGGGCGAUGCAAACCGCCCAGCUCACCUUCUCCGGCUUACCCCUGCCACCGUCUCAGACCUUCCGCCCUGUGGUCAAAGAAUCCCUCCGUGAAGCAUACGGCAUUCAACCCUGCGACUUACGGCCCACGAAAUCAUAUAUUAAGACCAACUUUCCUGACUUCCGGAUCGAAGACUCUUUCACAGAGAACGAUGAGCUGCACUCUCCUACUCGCCGCGAGUCACUUCGACGCCAUGAUAGACGUGUUCGAGCGUUACUCGACGAUGUCUUUACGCACGACGAGAGUACGUACAUCAGCAUGACGAGCCACUGUGGGACGAUCAAGGCGUUGUUGCGAGUCGUGGGCCAUAUUGCGCUUUCUCUACCACCAGGUGGUACCCUCCCGGUACUCGUCAAGGUUAGUGAGGUCUCUGGAAAGCGACAUGAUGAAGAAGAUAAGCAUGGGUGGGACACGAAGCCUGCCUGCGAGUCUGACCCACUCAAGGCUGGGAAGGACAGUUAUAAGGAUGUCGCCGAGUUCUUGGACCAGAUUAAUCGUAGUGUGCCGGAGUUGGAGUGA